AUGAAGCUCGCAGUUGUCGUAUUUGCAUCAAUCCUGGCUGUCUGCUCGGUCACUAUUGCUAGUCCAGUCAUCCCCAGCUCGACUACAAGUGCUUAUCCUAGCACUUCAACAUUUACUGAUUUAGAUGUAGAUUCAGUUUAUUGUGAAGGAUUUUCAAGCAAACCUAAGAAGUUGAUCAAGAAAUAUGCGACAGUGAAGCGUGGUGCCGACACAGCAGAGAAAGAUUUUAGGUCCGCAUCAAUGGCAGUUGAUUCUCAAAAGGAAUUAGUAAAGCAUCUGAGUAAAAAAGUUAAGCUUUUAAAAGCUAAACGUUUGUCAAAAAAUGAUGAUUCAAGCUAUAGCGAGACUGUAAUCGAGCUUCGAAAAAUGCGUCGAGACCUUGUGGAUCUCGAAAAGCAGCGAGAGAUAUGUGACGACGAAUACUCUGUUUGGCGUCGAAAGUUUACAUAUAUGAGGAGACUUCAAGCAAAUUACAUGAUUAUGGAUUGCAUUCAUCAAUUCUAUACUGGAAUACCGAAUCGAUUAUCAGAAUCCAUGUAUGCCUCUAUUAGUGGAAUGCAGGGUCCAUCACAACAAGAUUUUGAAAACUCACCACCAUCAUAUGACGUUGUAAUGAAUAAUCCUAAACAUUAUAAAGUGACUCUACAAGGUACUGAUCCUGAACUUCCAUCAUAUGACAAAAUAAUGCAGAACCUAGAGAAUUUUCCCAAGGUUUUGGAAGAUCCUGAUGUUACUCAGCCGUCAUUAGUAGAAACAUCUGCAGUUCAUCCCACUCAAACAUCUUCUAGUGUUCCACCCAGUCAACACACAGCUUCAUCCACUUUACAGAGAGUUUCAUCCACUCUACGGAGAGCUAAGUCAUUCUUGAGUCGACACUAA